AUGCGCAGCCAGGGGAAGACCGCGGAGAUCGAGCUGCGAGAAGAAGAGGAGCUGCUUCUCGCGCGGGAGAAGGAGCUGCAGGCGAGCCGUGUUAGCUCGCCGGACGUGGAGCCUGCAAGCGCCAUGGGCACUGUGCGGAAGGGCGAGGAUCGCGCCAGCUUCACGGAUCUGAAAAAGGCCCGGAAGGAAGAUUCGGCGGCGAUGAUGGCGGGCUUCAACAAGGUCGCUUCCCCCGCGCAGAACGCCGAGCGGGUUCUGCAGAUGUUCCGGGAUCAGAAGGGCCUGAACAUCGGGUGUGCAGUGGACCUCUACGAGCACGGCCUGCAGACUGCGACCCUGGCGCUCAGAGACGGCGCCGAUGAGGAGACGGUGGUGGUCGCGUUGCUGCACGACAUUGGGGAAGCCCUGUCACCCAUCAACCACGGAGAGGUGGCAGCGAGCCUAUUGAGGCCCUACAUCAGCCCGGAGAACUACUGGAUCCUCGAGCAUCACGAGCUUUUCCAGGCUUACUACUACCAGGAUGCCUUUGAGCUGAAGGAGAAGAAUGUGCGGGACAAGUUCAAGUACAGCCCCCACUUUGCCGCCUGCGAGCGGUUCUGCGAGAGGUACGACUCACCGGCCUUUGACCCCGCGUAUGACUCUCUUCCGCUGGAGCACUUCGUGCCCAUGGUCAUGCGGGUGUUUAACCGGAAGCCCUACCUGGCAAGCGGCUGCGACAAGGACAGCCUGCUGAAUGAGUGCAAGCUGUCCCUGGCCGAGGCAUAUCCUGAGCCAGUGGCCUCCUGA